UUGCUUGGUGGGAGGGAGGCUUAUGGGAUGCAUCAAAGAUGGCUUUCAAAAUAGACUGUAUCAACAUUUGCUUCCCAUUCAUUUAGAAGAAUAUCGAAUUGUAAAUAAGUUAUCGCUAGUACGAGGAAGGAGCGCGGCGUCUACGUCGCCAAGGGUUGUUUUGGAUUUGUUUAAAUCACGUGUUUCAGAUCGCUUCCUAUUUUUUUUUUUGCUUUUUUCCAAUUUCUCCUCCUCCGCUGCCAGUGCAGCUGUUGCUGUUGACUCGUAAAUUUUGUAAAUAUUGUCCUGGUAAAAAUGGCUACCAUGGAAAAGCUGAUGAAGGCCUUCGAGUCCCUCAAGACAUUCCAGCAACAGCAAGGACCACCGGCGGCUGAGGAACUCUUCCAGAAACAGAAAAAAGAUCCAGCAACGACCAAAAAAGACAGAGUAACUCAUUGUUUAACCAUAUGUGAAAAUAUUGUUGCACAAUCACUAAGAAAUUCUCCAGAAUUCCAGAAAUUGCUUGGCAUUGCUAUGGAGAUGUUUUUGCUGUGCAUUGAUGAUGGGGAAUCAGAUGUCAGAAUGGUUGCAGAUGAAUGUCUGAAUAAAAUUAUUAAGGCUUUAAUGGAUUCCAAUCUUCCACGUCUCCAGCUAGAGUUGUAUAAAGAAAUUAAAAAGAAUGGUGCUGGUCGAAGCUUACGAGCUGCUCUUUGGAGAUUUGCUGAACUCUGUCAUCUUGUGCGUCCACAGAAGUGCAGGCCAUAUUUUGUCAAUUUACUGCCGUGUCUUACAAGAAUUAGUAAACGACCUGAAGAGUCUGUGCAGGAAACACUGGCUACAGCAGUUCCAAAGAUUAUGGCAGCACUUGGGAACUUUGCAAAUGACAGUGAAAUCAAGGCUUUGCUAAAAGCUUUCAUUGGAAAUCUGAAAUCAAGUUCCCCAACUAUCCGGCGUACAGCUGCAAGCUCUACUGUAAGCAUCUGCCAACAUUCACGAAGAACGCAGUUUUUCUACACAUGGGUUCUCAGUGCUCUCCUAGGUUUAAUAAUUCCGAUAGAAGAUGAUCAUCCUACUCCUUUAAUUCUGGGAGUCCUCCUGAGUUUGAGGUAUUUAAUGCCUUUACUUCAGCAGCAGGUGAAGGAUACCAGUUUGAAAGGCAGUUUUGGAGUUACACAUAAAGAAGCAGAAAUCUCACCCACUCGAGAACAGCUUGUCCAGGUUUAUGAACUUACUCUUCACUAUACACAGCACAGGGAUCACAAUGUUGUAACAGCAGCGCUAGAGCUAUUGCAGCAAGUCUUUCGCACACCACCACCUGACCUUCUUCAUGUACUCAUAACACCAGGAAGCAUUCCGGUGGUCAGCAUAUCUCGGGAGGAGGUGGAGAAUCGCAGUCGGAGCAGCAGUAUCCUUGAACUCAUAGCUGGAGGGGGGUCAUCAUGCAGUCCUCUAAUACUUCGAAAGCAAAAAGGAAAGAUUCUUGGUGGUGAAGAGGAAGGGCUGGAAGAUGAUUCCGAAACGCGAUCGGAAGUCAGCACUGGAACUUUCACAGCUUCUGUAAGUAAUGAUGGAACAAAUGAGACACAAUCGUCUUCAGGGGUGUCUACCCUGGGGUCAGUGGACCCUUCUGUUGAACAUGACAUCAUAACAGAGCAGCCACGUUCAUCUCAGCGCAAUCUGCAGUCAACUGACUCAGUGGAACUUAGCACUGGCUCUGAUGUGGUGAGCAGUACUGCAACCACCUCAACAACAGCUGGUGGUGAGGGCACUGAAGAUGAAGAUACCUUGAGUCCUGGCUCCAGUCAGAUUGGUAGUAGUGCUGCACUUUCUGACACGAACAAUCAAGCAUCCUCUCCGGCCAGUGAGAGCUCUCAGACCACCACCGAAGGGCCUGAUUCUGCCAUCACCCCAUCUGAUUGUUCAGAGCUUGUAAGUGUGAGGCAUCAGUUGACUGAGGGGGGAUCCCAGACUUCUACUGAGGGGCCCGACAUGUCUCUGAGCUCCUCCAAGGAGGCCCUGAACUUCGAUGCGUCCACAUGCUCAUCUUCUACCUCUACUGCUUCCUUCAGUAGUGGUAGUGAAAAGAUUCUGGAUGGUACAGAAAGCCAAUACUCAGGAAUGCAAAUAGGACAGUUACAGGAUGAAGAAGAAGAAAAUGCCAACAAUGUAUUAGAAGAAGUUUUAUUGAAGAAAGCUCACCUGUUAGAAAGUAUUGGACAUAGUCGUCAACCUUCAGAUGGCAGUGUUGAUCAGUUUAUGCCAAAAGAUGAAACUGUGGAGGGUACAGAACUGGAAAGCAAGCCUUCUAGAAUAAAAGGAGAAAUUGGACACUAUACAGAUAAGGAUGCAGCUCCCUUAGUUCACUGUGUACGUCUUUUGUCAGCUUCUUUUCUUUUAAAUGGACAGACAAAUGGUCUUGUCCCAGACAAAGAGGUACGUGUGAGUGUCAAAGCUCUAGCUGUAAGCUGUGUUGGAGGAGCAACUGCAUUAUAUCCUGAGGCCUUUUUUAAUAAGCUGUAUAAAACAGCACUUGAAGGAAUCAACCAAGAAGAACAGCAAUAUAUAUCUGAUGUUUUAAAAUACAUAGACCAUGGAGAUCCACAAAUAAGAGGAGCAACCUCUGUAUUGUGUGGAACAAUCAUUUGCUCCAUCCUCAAUAAAACUCGCUUCAUUGUUGAACCUUGGAUGACUAAUAUGAAACACGCUACUGGAAAUCUUGUUACCCUAGUUGACUGUGUUCCUUUACUACAGAAGACACUUAAAGAUAAAUCUUCAGUUACCUGUAAACUAGCCUGUACAGCAGUUAGACACUGUAUUAUGGCUCUAUGCAAUAGCUGCUUCAGUGAACUUGGCCUCCUGUUAAUAGUUGACCUUUUGUCCCUGAGGAACAGUUCGUACUGGUUGGUGAGGACAGAACUGUUAGAAACCUUUGCAGAAAUGGAUUUUAGAUUAGUGAGUUUCCUGGAGAAGAAAACUGAACACUUGCACAAGGGUGAUCAUCACUACACUGGGUUACUAAAUCUUCAGGAUCGAGUACUGAAUGAUGUUGUCAUCUAUUUACUUGGUGAUGAUGAUGCCAGAGUUCGACAUGUGGCAGCAAGUACAGUGACAAGACUUGUAUCCAGGCUCUUUUAUGAGUGUGACCAAAGCCAAGCUGAUCCUGUGGUCGCUAUUGCCAGAGACCAAAGUAGUGUCUACCUGCAGUUGCUAAUGCAUGAGACUCAGCCUCCUUCCCAAUUCACUGUUAGCACCAUUACAAGGACAUACAGAGGAUAUAAUACGUGCCAGAACACUUCUGACAUUACUAUUGAGAAUAAUUUAUCCCGAGUGAUCACUGCUGUGUCUCAUUCAUUGACAUCCUCAAAGUCAAAGGCUCUCACUUUUGGCUGCUGUGAAGCAUUAAGUCUACUCUCGGCGGCAUUUCCUAUCUGUACAUGGAGCAUAGGAUGGCACUGCGGAUAUGUCACUUCCUCCCGUGGUAUGUCUUCCAGAUCUAAUUUUUUCAAGACCAGAGGAAGAUCUUUCAGCUUGUCUCAGUCAAAUUCCAGUGAUGAACUUCAAAAAAACUGCACAGUGGGAAUGGCCAAUAUAAUUUUGUCACUACUGUCCUCAGCUUGGUUUCCUUUGGAUUUGUCUGCCCAUCAAGAUGCACUUACAUUAGUUGGAAACUUGCUAGCAGCUGCAGCUCCUAAAUAUCUGAAGAAUCCAUGGGCAUCUGAAGAGGAAGCUAAUUUGGGUGCUGUCAAGCAGGAGGAAUCAUGGCCAGCACUUGGAGACAGAAGUAUAGUUGCCAUGGUGGAACAACUCUUCUCUCACCUCCUGAAGAUAGUCAACAUCUGUGCACAUGUUAUUGAUGAUGUGGCUCCUGGCUCAACUGCAAAGGCAAGUCUUCCAUCACUGGCUAAUACGCCUUCUCUCAGUCCAAUCAGACGAAAAGGUAAAGAGAAAGAGCAAGUGGAGCAAGUGCCUGCUCCUUUAAGCCCUAAAAAGACUGCAGAUUCAAAUCCAGGUUCAAGACCAGUGGAUACAGUAGGGUCAACCACAACAAACAAGUCGUCCUUGCUUGGAAAUUUUUAUCACCUACCUCCAUACCUUAAACUAUAUGAUGUUCUUAAAGCCACACAUGCUAAUUAUAAGGUAACCUUGGAUCUUCAAAAUAAUAAUGAAAAGUUCAGUAGCUUUCUGCGUGCAGCUUUAGAUGUCCUGUCUCAGCUACUGGAGCUUGCAACCCUACAGGAUAUUGGAAAGUGUGUAGAGGAAAUCCUUGGGUACCUGAAGUCAUGUUUUUGUAGGGAGCCUACAAUGGCUACAGUCUGCGUACAACAACUGUUGAAGACUCUUUUUGGAACAAACCUAGCAUCUCAGUAUGAUGGAUCAUGCUCCAAUACCAAUAAAUCUCAAGGCAAAUCUCUCCGGUUAGGCUCCUCUAACUUGAGACCUGGUCUAUACCAUUACUGCUUCAUGGCUCCUUACACACAUUUCACCCAGGCUUUAGCUGACGCCAGUUUAAGAAACAUGGUCCAGGCUGAACAUGAACAGGACACGUCAGGGUGGUUUGAUGUGCUUCAAAAGGUAUCUACUCAGUUGAAGUCUAGCAUUACAAAUGUAACAAGACAUCGUGCUGAUAAGAAUGCCAUUCACAAUCAUAUCCGGCUGUUUGAACCAUUAGUUAUAAAGGCUCUCAAACAGUAUACCACUACUACUUCAGUCUACUUGCAGAGACAAGUUCUAGACCUGUUGGCACAGCUGGUACAGUUAAGAGUGAACUAUUGCCUUCUAGAUUCAGAUCAGGUUUUUAUUGGAUUUGUUCUGAAGCAAUUUGAAUAUAUUGAAGUAGGCCAGUUCAGGGAAUCCGAAGCUAUAGUUCCAAAUAUAUUUUUCUUCUUGGUUCUCCUAUCUUAUGAACGUUAUCACUCCAAGCAAAUCAUAGGCAUUCCAAAAAUCAUUCAGCUAUGUGAUGGAAUUAUGGCCAGUGGCAGAAAGGCUGUCACACACGCUAUUCCAGCUUUACAGCCUAUAGUACAUGAUCUUUUUGUUCUUCGUGGAUCUAAUAAAGCUGAUGCGGGAAAGGAACUGGAGACUCAGAAAGAAGUUGUUGUCUCAAUGUUGUUGAGGCUUAUACAGUACCAUCAGGUCCUUGAAAUGUUUAUACUUGUAUUGCAACAGUGUCACAAAGAAAACGAAGACAAAUGGAAGAGACUGUCACGUCAGAUUGCUGAUAUUAUCCUGCCCAUGCUGGCAAAACAGCAGAUGCAUUUGGACUCGCAUGAGGCUCUUGGAGUUUUAAACACUUUAUUUGAAACAGUGGCACCUUCUUCACUUCGCCCAGUUGACAUGCUUUUACGGAGUAUGUUUGUAACGCCUGUUACAAUGACUUCAGUGGGGACAGUACAGCUCUGGAUAUCGGGAAUUUUAGCCAUUUUGAGAGUGCUCAUCUCUCAGUCCACAGAAGAUAUUGUCCUGUCUCGUGUACAAGAGCUUUAUCUGUCGCCUUAUUUCAUCUCCUGUACGAAUAUCGAAAGACUAAGAGAUUGUGUUUGCGACAUACUACCUUCAGAGGAAGCUAUCGGAGAGGCACAGAAUAGGCAUCCACCUGAGGACACUUUUGCAAGGUUUCUCAUACAGCUUGUGGGGAUUUUAUUGGAAGAUAUUUCUACUAAACAGCUGAAAGUUGACAUGAAUGAACAACAACAUACCUUUUACUGCCAGCAGCUUGGAACUCUUCUCAUGUGCCUCAUACAUAUCUUCAAAUCAGGAAUGUUUAGGAGAAUUACAGCAGCUGCAACAAAAAUGCUAAAGGGAGAUGGCUGUGAUGGCAGUUUUUAUACCCUGGAACACUUGAACACUAUGAUUCAGUCUUUGAUCACUACACAUCCUUCCUUGGUCCUUUUAUGGUGUCAGAUCCUCUUACUUAUUAAUUACACCAACUAUACUUGGUGGUCAGAGGUACACCAAACACCCAGGAGACACAGCUUGUCAAGCACUAAAUUGCUAAGUCCCCACAUUUCAAUUGAAGGAGAUGACUCUAAGUUAGAGUCUAAAAUGACCAUGUGCAAUAGAGAGAUUGUCAGGAGAGGUGCACUGAUCCUAUUUUGUGAUUAUGUUUGCCAGAACCUUCAUGAUUCUGAACACCUGACGUGGCUAAUCGUAAACCAUGUACAAGAUUUAAUUAACCUGUCCCAUGAACCUCCGGUACAGGAUUUCAUUAGCGCUAUUCAUAGGAACUCCGCAGCAAGUGGCCUUUUUAUACAGGCCAUUCAGUCACGCUGUGAUAAUCUCUCAACUCCAACAAUGUUGAAAAAAACCUUACAUUGUUUAGAGGGAAUUCAUCUUAGUCAGUCUGGAGCUAUAUUAAUGCUCUAUGUGGAUAAGCUGAUUUCCACUCCUUUUCGGGUUUUGGCUCGUAUGGUUGAUACCCUGGCUUGUCGGCGUGUAGAAAUGCUACUAGUAGAGACAUUGCAGAACAGUAUUGCCCAGUUACCAGUUGAAGAGCUUGACCGAAUUCAGCAGUACCUCCAGAGCAGUGGUUUAGCUCAAAGGCACCAGCGACUAUACUCCUUACUGGACAGAUUUCGAGCUACAUUUGCAGAGGAAACAACAAGCCCAUUACCACUUACUACAUUGCAUCCCCUUGAUGGGGAUGUCCCGAUAACCCCAGAAUCUGUUACAGUUGACAAGGACUGGUAUAUUUCCCUAGUUCGAUCACAAUGCUGCAUAUCGACAGACACUGCUUUGCUUGAGUCAACAGAACUGCUGACUAAACUUCCCCAAGAUGACCUCUUCUCCAUCAUGACUCGAGAGGAUUUCAAUUUACAUCUUCUUGCACCUUGCCUUAGCCUUGGGUUACAAAGAAUCUGUAGAGAACAGGGCAGUGCCUUGUUUAAAACAGCCCUCCAAGUAACCUUGGAUCACAUUUCUAGGAAUGUCCAGCGUCUGCCCAGUGUCCACCAAGUUUUUCCACCACUUAAAUCUUCUGAAUGCCCCAAGUACUUCAGUUUACUGGGGGAGUUGUAUGGAGAUUCAAACUUCUACCAUACUGUAGUUGCUCUUAGCAGGACCCUCAUCCAGUACCUGCUGUCACUUCCAAAGUUAACCUCAGCUUUUAAUAUUCCACAUGACAAAGAGGAAUGUAUUACUAAAUUUGCUGUUUUAGGAAUUGAGGUUAUGGCAUGGAAUCUAAUAAACGAUCACAUUCCACUAAGCAUUGACCUUCAAAGUGUAGUGGAUUCCUGCUGCUUAGCUUUACAACAUCCAGUAAUCUGGAAUUUGCUUUCAUCUUCUGCUUAUGUGACAGAGGCCUGUUCCUUAAUCAACUGUAUUAAAUUCCUCAUUGAAUCAGUGGCAGUCAAGCCUGGAGACCAGCUUCUAUGCCCUGAGAAGAAAACAGUCACCAGAGAUGGACAAAAUGAGAUGGAUGAGGUAGACUCUACACUUGAGCGUCCAUUGAAUAUCAGAAAGGCUUGUGAAGUAAUGGUUGAAUUAGUGGAAAGUCUACACACAAUUUUGUCUUUUGGGCAUUUGAGAAACAACAAAAUUCCAGCAUUUUUGUCUUUUCCUCUUCGCAAUAUAAUCAUUUGUCUGGGUAGACUGCCUCUUGUCAACAGCUAUUCAAGAGUACCUCCACUGGUCUGGAAGUUAGGCUGGUCCCCCAAACUUUGUGGAGAGUAUGGUACAACACUACCAGAAAUUCCAGUAGAGUUCCUGCAAGAGAAGGAUGUGUUCAAAGAAUUUUUGUUUCGUGUAAAUGUUUUGGGAUGGACUAGUCGUACUCAGUUUGAAGAAACUUGGGCAACUCUCCUUGGUGUUCUGGUUACUCAGCCUAUUGCAAUGAACCAUGAAGAGGAAAGCCAACACGAGGAAGAUCUUGAAAGGACCCAGAUUAAUGUUCUUGCAGUAAAAGCCAUUACAUCUUUAGUGUUAAGUGCAAUGACAAUCCCAAUGGCAGGAAACCCAGCUAUAAGUUGUUUGGAACAGCAACCAAGAAACAAGACAUUAAAAGCACUGGAUACACGAUUUGGAAGGAAACUGAGUCUAAUCAGAGGCAUUGUGGAAAGAGAAAUACAAGCAAUGGUUUCAAAACGUGACAAUGUUGCUACACAAUACCAGUAUCAGUUUUGGGAUCCUGUUCCAUUUCUCUCCUCUUCAGUUACAGGUACAAUGAUUAGCCAUGAGAAACUACUUCUGCAAAUAAACACUGAAAGAGAAUUGGGCAACAUGGACUAUAAACUGGGACAGGUCUCCAUUCACUCGGUUUGGCUUGGAAACAAUAUUACACCACUUAGGGAGGAGGAGUGGGAUGAAGAUGAAGAGGAUGAAAGUGACCUCCCAGCUCCUGCUUCACCUCCAACAUCUCCAAUAAACUCGAGGAAACACCGUGCUGGAGUUGACAUCCACUCCUGUUCACAGUUCUUACUGGAGCUUUAUAGUCAAUGGAUUCUGCCCAGUGGUUCCAGCAAUAAAAAAACUCCAGAAAUACUGAUAAGUGAGGUGGUGCGUUCGCUUCUUGCAGUGUCAGAUUUGUUCACUGAAAGGAAUCAGUAUGAAAUGAUGUACACCACUUUGACAGAGCUACAGAAGCUACAUCCAUCUGAAGAUGAGAUCCUUAACCAGUAUUUGAUACCUGCUAUUUGUAAGGCAGCAUCUGUACUUGGCAUGGAUAAGGCAGUUGCAGAGCCAGUUAGCCGUUUGCUGGAGACAACACUACGUAGCACUCACAUGCCAAGCCGUAUUGGUGCACUUCAUGGCAUCCUUUAUGUUUUGGAGUGUGAUUUGCUGGAUGACACAGCAAAACAGCUAAUUCCUAUUAUCAGUGACUAUCUACUGUCUAACUUACGUGGGAUAGCACAUUGUGUGAGUCUCCACAACCAGCAGCAUGUAUUGAUAAUGUGUGCAGCAGCCUUCUACAUGAUUGAGAACUACCCACUUGAUGUUGGCCCAGAUUUUACUUCAGGGAUUAUCCAGAUGUGUGGUGUAAUGUUGUCUGGCAGUGAGGAUUCAACCCCAUCUGUGGUGUACCACUGCGUUCUUCGUGGGUUAGAACGCCUCUUGUUAUCAGAGCAGCUGUCUCGUUUGGAUGGAGAAGCCCUGGUUAAGCUUAGUGUGGAUCGAGUCAACACGCCAAGCCCCCACAGAGCUAUGGCAGCACUGGGACUCAUGCUGACAUGCAUGUAUACAGGAAAAGAGAAAAGUAGUCCCAGUCGGUCAGCAAACACUGAUCCUACUGCACCUGAUAGCGAAUCUGUCAUUGUGGCCAUGGAAAGAGUGUCUGUUCUGUUUGAUAGAAUCCGGAAGGGAUUCCCUUGUGAAGCAAGAGUAGUUGCCAGAAUUCUUCCUCAGUUUCUUGAUGACUUCUUCCCACCCCAGGAUGUAAUGAACAAAGUUAUUGGUGAAUUCCUAUCCAAUCAGCAACCAUAUCCACAGUUUAUGGCAUCUGUUGUUUACAAGGUGUUUCAAACUUUGCAUGCGACAGGACAAUCAUCCAUGGUUAGGGACUGGGUAAUGUUGUCCCUUUCCAACUUUACUCAAAGGACACCAGUUGCCAUGGCUAUGUGGAGUCUGUCUUGCUUCUUUGUCAGUGCUUCAACAAGCCAGUGGAUUUCAGCUCUACUUCCACAUGUCAUCAGUCGAAUGGGAAAAUUUGAAAUGGUGGAUAUCAACUUGUUUUGUCUGGUAGCCCUGGACUUUUACAGACAUCAGAUUGAUGAGGAAUUGGAUAGACGAGCCUUCCAGUCUGUGUUUGAAGUAGUUGCUUCUGUUGAUAGCCCUUACCAUCGUCUGCUAUCCUGCCUUCAGAGUCUUCACCAGGUCACUCCCUUCUGAAAUUAAUCCUGUACUUGAAACUUAUUUGAAACGAAUGUCAGACUUUCCUUUUUAAUAUAAACAUUUUACAUCUUUAUCCUCUGCAUUACAAACAUGUCCCAAAAUGCCUUCCAAAAUAAGUAUAUGCUAUCUUCACCCAAGCCAUUCCCUGCAUGGAAAUGUCAAGAUUGGCACUAUAUUGUAUAUAUGGUUUCACCAGAUCUUCCUGCAUUUGGAAAAUCAUGUCGAUCAAAUGUAUUUUUGAAAAGAAACAUGUCCGUUAAGAUGUGUUAAAAAUGUAUUUGGCAUAAGACUAUACUUAUAUUUUUAGGCUGCUUAUUUUGUUACAAAAGUCAAAGCUUUAUUUGUGUUAGAAGGUGUAUUAGUAAAAAUUAGGAAUACUCGUAAGUCUUCAGACUGGUACACUAUAUUGAUAGUUUUUAAUAUAUCUUACAUGUAAAGCAUAAAUAAAAUAAAGGCAAUGUUUAGAAUUUCAAAUUCAUAACGAAGUAGAAUUCAGUAGAAACAUUUUUUAUUUUUUUAUUCUUAAGCCUAGAUUAUGAGUGAGAAGAUAAUUUAACAUUCUAGGCCUGUGGAAUUAUUCUUUUUUUGUUUGUGGUGUGUGUGUCUCUUUCUGAUUACAAUUAAAAGGCACAUACAAAGUCACAGAUAAUGUGGAAUAUUGUUUUGGGAUUUCUUUCUCAGGAUGUAACUUGUGAUGUUGUUAAACAGAUGUCUUUUAUUAGAAACAUUUCUAUUACUUGUAAAGUAUGUAUAAUUGUAAAAUCUGUGAUGCAUGAGAUUUAUGUGAUUUUAAGAAGAUAAAUAAGACCAAUGCAUCUGAAUGUCCUUACAUCUGAGCAUCUGCAUAGGAAGAAUGGAAUUAACAGUCACUGUCUGUUGCUGUUUUUUCCCCAUAAUAAUUUUAAUAUAAAUAUUUUUCUUUUUGCACUGUUCACUUCACAUUGCUUGUAUUAUAAUUGCUGAAGACUUCUUUGCGAGUGGAGCACAUUAUAAAUUGCAGUCAGAUUUGACUAAGGAUUCUUAUUGUCUUAAUGAAAUGUAAAUAAGAAUGCUACCGUGCAAGUAGUAAUCAUAAAUAUUGAAGAGUAUAAAUGAAGGCAUGCUACAGUUGUCAUUUUGGGCUGUAAAUUUCAAUUCUAUUUUUUUUAAUGACUGACAAUAAAACUGUGCAGACAGUCUGAAAUACUCCAGUCCAAAGCAAAUAUUAAAACUUUCUAAAACAUGCA